GGUCGCAAGAAAAAUACAUGUUUGCUAUUGGCAAGCAGUUCUUUGGCAUUAUUUAGUUCCCAUUUUCUCUCUUCUGCGUGAUUGAAUUUUUUUCUGUAUCUUUUUUAUAUUUCAUUUGCUUUUAAUCAGCCCACCUUGCAAAUUACCAGGAAAUGGCUGACAACGCUGCUCCCCAGAACGACAAGACCUACCUCGAUGAGGUGACCGGUGAGAUGGUCUCCAAGACUGAGAUCAAGCGCCGCACCAAGCAGCGCGAGAAGGACGCCAAGAAGGCCACCAAGGCUGCUGCCGCGCCGGCGCCCGCUGCCAAGGCUGCAAAGGCCGCCGAGACCAACGCUGAGGACGCCGAGGAGGAGCUGAACCCCAACCAGUACUUUGAGAUCCGUAGCAAGGCCAUUGACAAGAUGCGUGUUGAGGGCCCCUACCCCUACCCCCACAAGUUCCACGUCACCAUGUCGGUCCCCGAAUUCAUUGCAAAGUUCGGCAGCCUGCAGCCCGGAGAGUCCAAGCCCGAGAUCGAGGUCAGCCUGGGUGGACGUAUCCACAACAAGCGCGCGUCAGGAGCCAAGCUGCGCUUCUACGACCUGCACUCCGAGGAUAAGAAGGUGCAGGUGAUGGCUUCGGCGUCAGUCCACGAGUCUGACCGCGACUUUGCCGCUGUGCACGAUAGCCUUCGCCGCGGUGAUAUUGUCGGUGUGCGCGGAUACCCCACUGUGACCAAGCGCGGUGAGCUGUCGAUCUCCCCUCGCGACAUUACGCUGCUGGCACCCUGCCUGCGCACUCUGCCCAAGGAGCACUAUGGUCUGCGCGACCAGGAGACCCGGUACCGCCAGCGCUACUUGGAUUUGAUCAUGAACCCCUCGGUGCGCAGCAAGUUUAUCACCCGCUCCAAGAUUGUCAACUACGUGCGCCGCUUCCUAGACAACAUGGGUUUCCUCGAGGUCGAAACCCCGAUGAUGAACAUGAUUGCCGGUGGUGCCACCGCCAAGCCCUUCAUCACUCAUCACAAUGAUCUCAAGCUCGACAUGUUCAUGCGCGUCGCCCCCGAGCUGUAUCUCAAGAUGCUUGUUGUCGGUGGCCUGGACCGUGUCUACGAGAUCGGACGCCAGUUCCGUAACGAGGGCAUUGAUCUGACUCACAACCCCGAGUUCACAACCUGCGAGUUCUACAUGGCGUACGCCGACAUGAACGAUAUUCUGGAGAUCACCGAGAACAUGGUUUCGGGCAUGGUCAAGUACCUCUUUGGCGACUACAAGGUCGCGUACCACAAGAACGGCCAGGACCAGCCGCCUCUGAUCAUCGACUUCAGCCCUCCCUUCCGCCGCGUCGAGAUGAUUGCUGGUCUUGAGGAGGCCCUCGACGUCAAGUUCCCAUCAGCCGAGGAGCUGCAUACCGAUGCCACCAACAAGUUCCUCAGCGAGCAGUGCGCCAAGCACAACGUCGACUGCUCGGCUCCCCGCACCAACGCGCGCAUGCUGGACAAGCUUGUCGGCGAGUUCCUUGAGGUCCAGGCCAUGGAGAAGCCCCUGUUCAUCACCAACCACCCGCAGAUGAUGUCGCCGCUGGCCAAGUACCAUCGCUCGAUCCCUGGUCUGUGCGAGCGCUUCGAGCUGUUUGUAGCCACCAAGGAGGUGUGCAAUGCGUACACCGAGCUUAACGAUCCCAAGGUUCAGCGCGAGCGCUUUGCGCAGCAGGCCGACGACAAGGCUGCCGGCGAUGACGAGGCCCAGCUUAUCGACGAGAACUUCUGCACGUCGCUCGAGUACGGUCUGCCUCCCACCGGCGGUUGGGGCAUGGGAAUUGAGCGCCUGUGCAUGUUCUUGACCGACUCACAGAACAUCAAGGAGGUUAUUCUCUUCCCCGCCAUGAAGCCCGAGGACGGAAGCAACCCUGCCGGCGAUGCUGCCACUGAGUAACUGCCAAGAAAUGUCGACCUCAACAUUCUCUAUUUGCUUUUUUUGAAUAAUAAAUCUCGAUCAAUCAAUCAA